AUGACACUUGAGCUGUCAUUCAACACCUUUCUUCAUCCGCCUGAAACACCCAAAACUUCACGAAAUAUUGUCAACAAGGCAGGCCAUGACAGGCUAGGAGUAGAGAGAUUGGGACCAGGUAUAACGCCACCUUUUAGUUUUGGACUAGGAUUUCUGCCAUCAUUUCAAUUUUCUUCUCCUCGUGGAGUAGGGACGUUUAAUGCACUUUCACCUCAGAGGUUCUUUCAAACUUCAAGCAGCUUAAGCAAAGCAGUCAACGAAGGCCGUAAUGUAGGCCAUGAAGAUCAAAGCAAAGGGAGCAUCACACGUCAAAGCAUCGGGAGUGAACCCAAGAACAACAAGGAAGAUUCAGUUAGCGAAAAAGUUGAAGACUCUGUACUUUCGACACAACAAGAGAGUGAUCGCAUACGCCUGCAAUCUUUGUCCUCAGAACCAGCUCAAAGUAAGCGAGACGUGUCCAACGAAACUACAAGCUCUAAGACCAAUUCUAUCGAUAUAUGGUCUUCCUUGGGACAAGAUAGUAGCCAUACCUUUGAUACAAUUUACGAAAAUGAACAAAUGUCAUUUUUGACACCGAAAAAGUUGCUCUUAUCGAAGAGAAAUUUAGAAGGUAUACCAGGUUCAAAAGGAAUCCCCGAGCUUUCAGAAGUGACCCUGACGCCCCAACAGCAUGGCAUAAGGGCUUUGAAAAGAGCAAGAAUAGAUUCUUUUGCGCCAGGUGUCACAGAAUCACCCAACACUUCCAUUGCAUCACAAAUCGAAUCAGCUAUAGAGUCUCCAGUAAAUCGAAAACGUCCCACUUCUCAGAGUGUUUCAGAACCACUAGGAGAUAAGGUAUGGAAUCGCGACUUAGAUGAUAUACUUAUACAGUCAUACGUUAAAUACACCCAGUUUUUGGGAGAUUUGAGUCAUGAUUCAAGUGUAUUGAAAAGCACAUCACAAAAUAAAGUGCUUUCAAGAAUGCUUUUGCAUAAAACAGGGAUUUUGAGGACAGCAAAGCAAAUAUCAUCAAGGUUGUUUCGGUUAAGCAAACUCAAGAAAGUAAAGAAAAUGAAAUUGAAUAUGAAAAUGAGAAUGGAGGACGAGAAUAUGGCUCAUCCAAAAGCGGGUCUAUUUGAUGAAUCUGAUAUAGGAAAUGCGUCCUUUGAAAAUAUCUUACCGGAAAGUAAUAAUGAAACUGCCGACUCGGUUCUUGACAAAGAAUUGGCUGUUUUAUUAUCAUCACCAGUCUUGAAGGAAGAAAGUUUGGCUUCAUCUCCUUUUGAUGAAAAACAACCUAAACAACUUUAUAAGUUGUCUCCCCAAGCUUAUCAAGUUUCUUUCAUCGAUAGGCUUGACUCUCAUUUAUCUCAUCAAUUCAUACAGUUAGAAAAAACUUCAAGCACAUCUUUAGAUAAGGUAGCUUUAAGAAUAAAAUUGAAUGACUUUGUCGAUAUGAGAGACUCUAAAGACAUUGCAAAUGUUGUCACUAAGAAAAAGGUUCCUGUCUGGUGCGUGGAGAAUAAAUUACAGUUAGCGAAUGAUAAUUUAGCUACAUCAAAUAUGUCAUUUACUGACACUGCAACUCGCAUGAACUUAUCGAGAGGCUCUUUUGAAUCAUUCAUGAAAAUAAAUGUCAAGAUCCCUGUUUCAUCUAAGAAAUCUGUCUUGAAUUGGCAUUGUAUAAAUAAAGUCUUUCGAGGGCAAAAGUUUUUAUUUGAGACAACGAAUAUGAUUAAUGGUUAUCCUAGCAGCAAUGGAUAUGACUUAGAAAUUCCAUUUCUUAAACAAUUUCUAGGAGGAUACUUUACUUAUUUGAAUAAUGGAUCAGUCGAAUCUAAUUUGGAUUUGUCUGUGGUACAAAUAAUAUUUGAAAACAAGCAUUCUUGUGACCCUGACUUUAACGAGAAUGACUCAAAUAUCUUUGCAUACAUUCUUCAUGGAUUCAGCAUUCCCAAAGAUGAGGAAAAAACAGGAUCAACAAUUGAAAUGGUGGAUCUAAUAGACGAUGAAGAUAUAGACGAUGACAAUGCUACCGUUUUAGCAGUCUCAUCACCAUUCAGUUCGCCGUUUUCACGAAAUCAAGAUACAGAUUUGAAGAAAAUACGCAGAGAUUCAUCAACGCCGAGAAAGAAUUCCGAAGGAGCUAUACCAAUCUUCAACGCCGAUAUUGUUCAAAAAUUCAAUCUUGGAAUGCUAAGACAUCAAAUGCAAAAUAAUUAUCAGAACCGAAAUUCCAGUGACAGCCUGAAUCUGAAACCCAUUCAUUCGUUGAACGAUGUCGCUGGAAGAUCUAAGAGACUGACGGUAUCUAUAGCCCCUGGUCCACAAAACAAUCAAAGCCCACCACACAUUAGUAUAUCAGCCCCCAUACCACAGCUUUAUGAGCCUGUGAAAAUGUCGAUUUCUCAGCAUGUGUCUCCAGUCUUGCAAACUCCUCAAGGAUUAAUGUCAAGUAAUGCAACAGAAUUUACCCCAUUCCAACAGCAGGUCCAUCAUGCGCAGCAUCAGUAUGUUUACAACAAUGGAGUCUUACCUCCUUCGAUGCUGAGACUCAGUGCAACUGGAUUGUAUUCGGCACCUGCUACUCAAACACAGUUUUUCCCGUCGGCACCGCCCAAGUCAAUGGAUAUUCGACCACUUUCUCCCUCUACUAGAGAAGAAAAGGAGUAUAAAGAGAACAAGGAAAACAGCAAUCCCAAAGAAAUCAAGUUUGGUCCGAUCCUUGGCUAUGAUCCUUCGAAAGAGCUGAAUCAUAUCUCUGUUGCAAAACACAAUAAACCUUCAAAAUCUGGUUUACAUAGCUUCCCUUUAAAUAAUCAAGUCAUGUACAAACCCAAGAAGUGA